UAUAUUUAUUUAGUUUAUAAGACCCAAAGGAGAUGGACGAAGGUUAUCAGGCCUUGAUCAGUCCAAAUUAAAGCGACUGCAGGCACUUCUGCAGGAAUGUUGAAGGGCCGUGAUGAAGGCGAAUGAGUCUAAAGAUUGCUCAGGUGUUUGAAGUCUGUGUUUCCCUGUUUUACAGGUCUGGCCUUAAUUAUGAAAAGAUAAAGACACUUUCAGCAAAUAACAGCCUGGUAGUAUUUAAUACAGAAUUAUCAGGGUAUAGCUUCUUGCCAGCUUUCUUUCAGCCCAGCGCAGCUUUGCCUGUACCUAAAGUUUAUGCAAGUCGUAGGUGACGUUUGGUACUGGCUCUGUUGACACCCACGGGUGCCCUCCUGUUAGAAACUCCCAGGACAAAGGUCACAGCCUGCUCUUCCAAGACUUCCCUGUGCCAGUGGCAGCUGUGUGCACACUCAUGCAGUGCACUGGCACUUGCUGGGCUUAAUGCUUUACCUGAGACACAACAUUGAAGAAGACAAGAUUCACUUCUUGGUGGUAACGAUCCCUUAUCCUGGCAGCAAAGGCAGGAGAAUCAGAGCAGACCUAGUAAAUAAGCUAAGUGCAAUAAAUGUCAAGUAUAGAAACAUUGCAUUACCUUGAUAAAAAGGAAAAGGUAAAGAAAAACUUCCAGCUUUAAUGAAGUUACCUUGUAGUUUAAAGGGGUUUACUUUCACUUCUUAAAGAGGUCUGUACUAAUUUUGAAUCAACGUGGAAUGGAAGUGAAUGCUGGUCAAUGAAUAACUUUUUAGGUGGAGCAAUAAAAUGAACUGGUUUUGUUUCUCUGGCUCAGGAAGUUAUUUUAGAAGGAGAGGAUACAUCUGAGAAACAAGAUGUCUCAUGCCGGGAGUCGAUACCAAGAUAAGCAAUACAGGCACCAAGAGAACCAUAGAUCUGAUAGAUACAAGGAAGACAGAAGAGCAAGAAAACCAUACCCAUACAAUGCAAGAGACAUCCGAGGUGGCCAGCACCCAAGGACUUCUACUGUUUGCUCAGACCCUUACUCUAAAACCUCAGGAGCAGCACAAGAAUAUUUUGGCCCACCACCUGAGUUUUAUCCUCCCAAGGAGAGCUUCUCAAUGAAGUGUUCAAAGGUAUGCACAACAAGAGGCAUUUUGAAGUUUGUGGAAAUCACGGUUAACCUCCUGGUGCUGAUUUGCGUGGGCGCUUCCCAAGCCUCCGUUGCAGGCUUCACGUCCCUUGGAGGCUUGGGAUCCUUUAACCUGAAUUCGGCCUACAGCCCCUUCGAGGGCACAGAGCUGCGGGAGGUGAGGGAGCUGGACAUGCAGUUCACCCAGAUGAGAGCCCCUUGUGUGUAUGGCGGAGUGGCCUUCAGCUUAACAGCGGCCACGCUCACCCUUGUCUUCCUCGUCGUGGGGGCAAAACCCAUCCAGCAGCUCCGGACAGGGCUGCUGGUAGGCGAAUGUGCCUUCAGCCUGCUGGCUGGCCUGGCGUACCUGGUGGCCGUGGGGCUCUACCUGCACUUUGUCAGGCAGGUGAACGCCACCGAGGUGUGCAGGAGGCGCGAGCGGCUCUACGCCCGCCGUGGCUACACCUCCAUGAACUGCGCCGUCCAGGGCGGCGACGCGGCCGUCGGCCUCUUUGGGGUCAUCGCUUCCUGCCUGUACUUCGCCAGCUUUGUGGUCUGCAUCCUUGCCAUCCGCACCGUCCGGGCCUUCCAGAGCCACACGGCCAAGGCUCAGCACAGCCCCAAGGGCAGCGUUAGAGACAGAAGUGUGAGAAAACACCACGCCGUGCACAGGACCUCUGAAAGCUCCCACAGCGUCCAGGCUCUCGCCACGUUAGUGUGAAAUCAGCUCUGGGACUGUGCCAGAGAACUGAGGCUUCAGCAAAGGAUGGACGCUCGCAAACAGGCAGCCAGCCCACAGUAUAUUUUCCUACAGGGUGCUGAAGCGUGUAUUGAAUCACCGAUUAUAACCACGCUGCUACAACAUGACGUAAUAAAAUCGACAUUGAGUGACUGUUUUAAUGAGGAUUUUUGCACCGGUCUCUCAAGCUGGACCCCUGCAUUUAAAAUGCAUUUGAUUGUAAUGUUUUCAUCCUGCACAGAGCAAAUCCAAACAGCAGUGGGCUUCUAACAGGUUACAGCUGCGUUGCUGCCGAACUUGUGCUAACAACCACUUCUUUUCCACACCCGUGACAUAGGGAAUUGAAUACACAGCUAGGAUGGGCAGCUUUCAACAGAUCCUGUGCCUGUUGUGCGUCCUGUUCCUUCAUCCUACAUCCCACAGUGCUUACAAAGCAAAGGACACCCGAGCGCUUCUCUGAAUCGUGUCUGAAGUUACACUUGUGACCUUUUUUGCCUGGGCUAGUGAAGCGUUUUAUCUUUUGAGUCACGGGGGUUGACACAUGCCGAUCAUGUGCUCCCUGAGGAAUGCCGCUGGGGGGAACUAGCUGCAGUGUCAAAGGCAGCAUUCAGGGUCCUCACCCAGUUUCCUGCAACAUUUUCCCAUCUCACUGAGCACAGGUCAGAACCGGGGGGACAUCACACUGGUCAGGUAUCAGCUUAGUAAAGAUACCAUUUGUUCCCUGUAAGCACCUAAACAAGGUUUGGCUUGCUGACUCCACAGCCAGUGGUGGGCAGAGCCUGAAUCAGGAAUGUGCUGCCUGCCCCAGAAUGCUGUAACAAUGACAGAAAGAACAUGUAUCCUUCCAAUAUCUAAACAGGCAAAGCAUGAGUGAACAGCAGUAAUUGUAUGCCCCAGGGUUGAGAAAAUAAAUUUAAGAGAACAUC